GUAGUGGUUACGUUACGCGCGAUAAUAUUACUAAGUAUCCGGCGAUGUGACAUCGCAUGCAAUUUCCUAGCUGAAUACAGGGAAAAAUAACAUAACAAGAAUGGCAUAUUCUUAUAACGUAGAAGAAGCGCCUCCCGACGAUGUUCCCAACGUGGAAUAUGACAUCAGACGCGCGAAGAUAUUUCUUCAAAAACACAGCUCGGAAUCGGGUGACAGUUUAUACGAUCAUUUAACGGAGCUUUUAGCAAAAAUCCUGGCUGAGCGGCCACGAAACGCUGUCGAUAUUUUUGAGGAAUACAGCAGAAAACUAAAGGAGGAGAGGUUUAAGACUAAGACGGAUCAUCUUCGGGAUCUAUAUAUACCACCCGUGCAGUACGACGAUGCCAAGAAGCUCAUUAAGCUCUUCCAGAAUGUAAAGCAAAUUGACGAAGGCGAGCACGGGAGGAUGGAAGACGAGGGGGAGGACGAUAAGAAAAAGAAGCAUCCCGACAUGUUAGAUCUUUUGUUUUACUUUGAGCAGGCGGGUGUAGGAUUGCCGCGCCACGAGUUGGUGUUGUUUAAUUUAUCGAUUCGAAAGCUUGCUUCCGCGAUGCCGCUUAAAAAUAUUAGAUUUUGGGGUAAAAUGCUUGGAAAACCUAAAAAUUAUUACGUGGUGGAGGCUGAACUACAAGCGGAUGAACUUGUUCGAAGAUUGCAGCGAGAAGAAACUGAAAUACAAGCUCGAAAACAGAAAGAGGAAUUCGAAGCCGAAACGGCGGCGAAACACGCGGAGGAAGAAGCCGCAGCAAAAAUCGAGGAGAAAGCCGUGGAGGGAACUGUCGCAGCGACGGAAAUCCCGCACGAGGACACGGCAGGAGAAAAGCCUUUGGAGCUUGUCCCUCCACCGCCGCCUGAUAAUCCGCGGAGGCCGCUGUCGGAAAUACCGGCUGAAAGAAUCGGGGCCGGCCUCAAUAAAAAGGUGUAUUUUGUAUGCAACGCGCCCGGGCUGGACGAGUGGAUCGAACUUCCGGUGGUUACGCCGCAGCAGAUAGUAAUUGCACGACAGAUUGUCCGAUACUGCACGGGAAACUUGGAGACACCGAUUCACAGCUUUCCGCCGUUUCCUGGUACUGAGAAAAAUUACCUUCGUGCGCAAAUUGCAAGAAUCAGCGCGACCACUCACAUUUCGCCGAUCGGCUUCUUCACACUUGGAAUGGACGUGGGUGAAGAAAUAGAAGAGGAGAGGGAGGAGGUCUACACGGAAGGCGAAUUAUUAGAAAACAUUCAUUACGAUCCACUGCCGAUCAAGGAUCUCGUGGACCCCUUUAUGUCAAAUUGGUGCCAUCAUAGUCCGUAUAUUCUCAAGCAAGGACGGACUGUUUGGUGGAAUCCAGAGAAAGAGGAAGAACUUUUGGAUGAAGAGGAAGAAGAGGAAGUAGAAGACAAAGUUAAGACGGUCGAGAAAGAGAUCGGUCCAUCUCUCUUAACUCCUUUGUCCGAAGAUAUUAUGACCGACUUUGUGAUACCAUGGACUGCCAGACAAUCGUCAUACAUACAAUCAGACACUGCAGUGGCAUUAGUCAGGUCGAACGUCUGGCCCGGAGCUUUCGCAUUUGCCGUCGGAAAACGCUUCGCCAACGUGUAUAUCGGUUGGGGUCACAAAUACAAUGCGUACAAUUAUAGUCCUCCCAAUAUGCCACCUGUUCAAGAUCAAUAUAAAAUCGGACCGGAGAUCAUGGAAAUUCGGGACCCCACUGUUGAGGAAGAACAGCCGUAUCGAAUAGCGCGUACACCACCAGCAGAAGAGGAAGAAGAAGAUGAUGAAGGAGAUGAAGAAGAUGAAGAAGAUGAAGAAGAUGAAGAAGAUGAAGAAGAUGAGGAAGAUGAGGAAAUUGAUGAAUAAUAAUCUUUACGUUGUGCAAACUGCAUUUUAAGUUUUCGCGCUACAUAAAUAUUUCUUCCAGAGUGCGCUGGAGAAUUGAGCGUAAUUUAUCGGUAACGCAGAUUUACC